CCGCCGCCGCCAUUGGAGUAGGCGCCUCGUCAGUGCGUCCCGUCCAGGCUCGUUGCCCUGCGCCGCGCCCCGCGAGCGGCCCGCGCGCCCGAUAGUCUCCGCCGCCGCCGCCCGGCCGGCGCCCGGGGAGGAGGCGGCGGGCCCGGGGCCGUGAGAGCGCGGGUGACAGGCCCGGCCUCGCGGGGAGGCCCGAGCCGGCGGGCGCCCGGGCCCCGCGCCGCGCCGGGCUGUUCAUGAAGCAUGUCGGCCACCAGCGUGGACCCCCAGAGAACAAAAGGACAAGAUAAUAAAGUACAAAAUGGUUCUUUGCAUCCGAAGGAUACGGUCCAUGACAAUGACUUUGAGCCCUACCUUUCUGGACAGUCAAAUCAGAGUAACAGUUACCCGUCCAUGGCCGACCCUUACCUGUCCAGCUUUUACCCACCGUCCAUCGGGUUCCCUUACUCGCUCAGUGAGGCGCCCUGGUCUACUGGAGGGGACCCUCCCAUCCCGUACCUCACCACCUACGGACAGCUCAGUAACGGAGACCAUCAUUUCAUGCACGAUGCUGUUUUUGGGCAGCCUGGGGGCCUGGGGAACAACAUCUAUCAGCACAGGUUUAAUUUUUUCCCUGAAAAUCCUGCUUUCUCAGCCUGGGGGACAAGUGGGUCGCAGGGCCAGCAGGCACAGAGCCCUGCAUACGGGAGCAGCUACACUUACCCGCCGAGCUCUCUGGGCGGCACGAUUGUGGACGGGCAGACGGGCUUUCACGGCGACACCCUCAGCAAGGCCCCUGGAAUGAACAGCCUGGAGCAGGGCAUGGUGGGCCUGAAGAUUGGGGACGUCACCACCUCUGCCGUCAAGACUGUCGGGUCGGUCGUUAGCAGCGUGGCGAUGACUGGUGUCCUUUCUGGCAACGGUGGCACAAAUGUGAACAUGCCGGUUUCGAAGCCGACCUCGUGGGCUGCCAUCGCCAGCAAGCCGGCAAAACCACAGCCGAAAAUGAAAGCGAAAAGCGGAGCUGUGAUCGGGGCCGCCCUGCCCCCUCCGCCGAUGAAGCACAACGUGGACAUUGGCACGUGGGACAGCAAGGGGCCCGCGCCCAAGGCUCCCGCCCCCCACCCCACCCCCCAGCCCGUCCCCCAGCACCAGCCGGCUGCGCAGCCUCUUCCCGCCCAGCCUCCCCCGCCGGCCCAGCCGCCGCAUCCGAGCCCUCAGCUGCCGCCCCAAACCCGCUGGGUCGCCCCUCGCAACAGAAGCGCGGCGUUUGGGCAGAGCGGAGGGGCUGGCGGUGAUGGCGGCGCUGCUGGAACCGUGCAGCCCAGCUCUGCCCCCACCGCGGAGUCCCACCCCGUCCUCGAGCAGCUAAAAGCCGCCCACAGCUACAACCCGAAGGAGUUCGACUGGAACCUCAAAAGCGGGCGCGUGUUCAUCAUCAAGAGCUACUCGGAGGACGACGUGCACCGCUCCAUCAAGUACUCCAUCUGGUGCAGCACCGAGCACGGCAACAGGCGCCUGGACGGGGCCUUCCGCGCCGCGGGCAGCAGGGCCCCCGUGUACCUGCUCUUCAGCGUCAAUGGCAGCGGGCACUUCUGCGGGCUGGCGGAGAUGAAGUCGCCCGUGGACUACGGCGCGAGCGCGGGGGUCUGGGCUCAGGACAAGUGGAAGGGCAAGUUCGACGUGAAGUGGAUUUUUGUCAAGGACGUGCCCAAUAACCAGCUCCGGCACAUCAGACUGGAGAACAAUGACAACAAGCCGGUCACCAACUCCCGCGACACCCAGGAGGUGCCCUUAGAAAAAGCAAAGCAAGUGCUGAAAAUCAUCGCUUCCUACAAGCACACGACCUCCAUCUUUGACGACUUUUCGCACUACGAGAAGCGCCAGGAGGAGGAGGAGGUGGUGCGCAAGGUGGGUCUGGCUUCCCCGGGCCGGGGCGCAAAGUCGGGGUCCCAGGCCUGGUCACCAGCGGUGACGUGGAUGUGGGCGUCACUGUAUGACUUCCCGGUUUGAGAGGACGUAACGGUU